AUGUCUCAGUUCAAGGUUGCUUGUGUGCGGAAUCUUCCGCAUGAUUUCAAGGAAGAAAAAUUGCGGGAGGUUUUCGAGGUUCAUGGACCAAUCCAGCGUGUGAAGAUAUUAGAGGAUUACGCGUAUGUGCGUAUUGAAAACAGAGACGAUGCUGUCCACGCACUUGAUGCCCUUGACGGAUACGAUCUUUACGGCACGAUUUUGCAAAUUUCUUUGGCUAAGGUGAAUUGCGUUGCAAAAUCACCCUACCAACAAGGGAUCGUUAAGUUUGAUCGAAAAGCACAAGUGUACCGGUCCACCGGUUCUAAGGCUGUCAGUCUUGACGAAGUUGUCGGUGUUGCUGUCCCCCAAGCUGUCGGUGUUGCUGUCCCCCAAGCUGUCGGUGUUGCGGAUCCCCCAGCGGGCGGUUUCGAUGCAUUUGCGGUUGUCGGUGUUGCGGAUCCCCAAGCAGUCGGUCUCGAUGUAGUUGUAGUUGUCGGUGACGCUAAGGCCCCCGUUCUCGGUCUCGAUACUGCUCCCCUUAACGAUGCUGCUGCACCAGGUAAUUGUCUUGUUGCUGCCCUAGAGCCGUCCAAGGAAUCUUCAAACAAGGAUGAAACUUAUAAGCGUAAGGUUCUUCAUUUGAGCAACGUUCCUCACGACUUAAAUGAAGAAACACUGAAACGGAUGUUCGAGGUGCUCGGUCCAGUUGUCCACGUCAAGAUUAUUGACGACUUCGCUUUCAUCCAUUUCGAAUCUUCGAAAUACGCUAAUAAAGCUUUUAACUUUUUCAAAAACGUAAUAGUUUCCAUGGCUACGUCCCCUUCCAGCGUUUAG